UGACAACACCAUUUUUGUGCACAGCGGCAAUGACGAAGCUGAGCUUCGUGUGUCCUGCAGCUGCGCUUGAUUUUCUUCAGUAUCUUCCUCCAUAACCUACACGGUUGCCCUUCUUUUGGAUUUUCUUUGGGAUUCUUCUUCUGUUGACGCAGCGUGCAUGAACGAUGUUUCAACCAUUUGCACGGUUUUUUCUCACAAAAAAAGGCACAAUCAACUGGUUGAAGGGCACAGUUGUUGUCAUUUUUGGGCUAGGUGUUUUUUGCUAUUGGAGUUAUCUGUAUGCUAAAGGUGGCAAUGUGGAUUUGUACUUGACCUACUGGCCUGACGAAGUGCUCGACAAUGUUCUGGAACCUAACUUGACAUUUUUUGAGCGAGAAAUUUGUGUGAAACAGCAAGAAACAGGUGCAGGGUGUAAACAUUUGGGAAUCGAGCCCACCGUCAUGGGUGACGCUUAUAUGUCACAACACGAUUCCGAACAAAUUCAAGUGGUAUUCGCAAAAUGGAACAAUAAGAUCCCUCGUGUUGUUCACGGUAUUGGCCGUAGCGACGAGGCACCAGUAUUUACCGAAUUUGAGGUCAAUUGGCGUAUGUACAACCCUUCUUGUCCAUACGUGUUCUGGCUUUUUGAGCAUUUGGAGCCCAUGGUACGCAAAUAUCAACCGGCAUACGCGGCCGUCUUUAAUCGACUUACUCCUGAAGGAAAACGUCAACUAGGCUCACUACUGGGACUCUACGAGUUUGGUGGUAUAUGGGUCGAUCGGUCUGUCGAAUUGUUUAAAGGACUGGAAACGAUUCUUCAGUUAGCCGAAAAUGAUACGACAAUCGUCGGCGGACAAAUUCUUCGUAAUGGCACUAUGGAUGCAAAGUUUUCCUCGUCUUCCUCGAGCCUUACGAAUGCUGAAAACAAGGAAACAAUCUUUCAUCAAAUUUUAUUGGGUCCCGAGCUGCUUGGAUACGGUGUAAUCGCGGCCACUCCUAGAAAUCCCUUGGUGCUGCAAAUGAUAAAUGAUUAUUUAGGGUCCAUCGUUCCUCCCGAACGCAGAGGUCGCCUGCCGCUUCGCUCGCUUUCGGAAUAUGCUCGUUUGGAGCAUGAGAACCCGAGUGUUGUUGUUAACGGUGUUGUAUACACACGGGAAGUUUUGCUGUAUGAAACGGGUCCGGAAAAAAAUGAUGAAGAUUUAAAAAUCUUGGGAGCACUCAAAUUAAAGCCUCGUACCUACGUGCUGCCUCAAAAUAGUUUUAGCUCUGGCUGGAAUCUUCGUGAUGACUUUGAGUCAUCUGAUAUUUGCUUUUACGACUUUGUUGUUUUUGAUCCUCCUCUGUGCGCUAGAGAGUCACUGAAGUUAUCGGGUAAAGAAUGGGGAAUUCGGUGGUCUACAACAUAUGAAGUGAUGUAUGUAUAGUGUUGACGAUUCCUCCUCCCUCCUCACACAUUUGGCUCGAUGCCUUCACGUUCCCGGGAAUACGCUCCUAAUUGUCUUUCACUUGGAUUCGCGCUGUUUCGUUUUGGUAUUGAUUACUGUACGAGACAGUUUAUGUUACACCAAGUUCUAUCCUUUCUUUUAUUUUCAGUCUCUAAGGUAUUUCCCAAAAUUUGUUGAUUUUUUAGCUCAAGGCUUCCUUUUUCUUGUAAAAGCUAGUAAAUCUUAAUGACACUAACACGGUCUCUGUUAGAUGAAGCAUAGUUAAUGCUAGUAAGUAUAUUGAAGAAGAGUAUGGCUUCGCGCAACACAAGAAUGUUGUUUGCACUUCUAAGUCGGAAAUUAAUUUGCUUGUGUAAACAGACGGGCAAGUUUUUGAAAAGUUACGUAGAAGUAAGCUACGCUUUUAGCUCAUUGGUGUUGAAUGCAUGCGUAGCAUUAAGAUCGCAUUUUUUAUCAUAAUUUAUGUGAUCUUCGUCUAUUUUAUCGGUACAAAAUUAUUUUGGUAUAGCAAUGGGAACGUUUUUGAUAAAAUAAGGCACCUUAGGAAGAAAUCAAGAAACAAUUAAUGAUAGCAUUAACCACUUUCAUGUAUUAAAAGUCAAAAACAAAUUAGUCAUUAGUUCUUGCAUAUUCAUUCUAAAAUACCUAAGAAACUGAUAGGCGUACUUUUCACGCACAUUAAGCCCAAGCUAAUAAUAAUUUGCUAAGACUUUAUUAUCAAA